AUGAUUCCAUCGUUCAUCAGAUUCAGCGCUCGUUCAGACUCAUACUACAGUAAAGACACCUAUAGGAUGUCAGCGGCCAUGCUUAGAGCCAGAAGGCCUUACUUCUGGAGAAAUAUGGCCGGCCUUGUGAUCUUAGGAUCCAUUCCAGUGGCGGUUUAUGUCUAUACUUUCAAUUUCUUGCACACGGAUGACCUUGAAGAUAUUCCUGUUCCUCCUUUAAGUGAUGAGAAGGUCAAGCAGUUGCAGAAAGAGUAUAAGGAGGAGAAGGCCAAAGAAGCAGCCGGUGUCACAGUUAGGAAGUAG